ACUAUCAGGUGUCCUAUUCUGAUUGAAAUUCAAUCUGCGUUCGCGUUAGUUCGUUUAAAUAUGGGCUUUAGCAUAUCUGGGCACAUAAUCAAAGAUCUUUCGUCUCUGGGAUGUGAUCAAAACCUGUAGUGGAGCCAAAUCACGUUCCUCUCUCCACUGUAAGCGUUCUGUAAUCACUACGCACCGGAUCCACUCCGGGUUUUCUGACUGUAUCACGUUAAGCUGAGGUAAAACUUUAUUUCAGCUAGCAAGGACAAACUUAUAAUGCAGGAAGGCUCCGAUGUUUUGAAGAUCGAUAAAGGUGUAAAAGACCAAUGGUUUGGCUUGGCUUAGCGACGAGAAGUUGUGGUUUAAAAGUGCAUAUUUUUUAUUUUUCUUGUCAAAAAUGACAAUCGUUUUGCUAGAUAAGACCCUUAUGCCUCGUUUGGAAUCGUUUAUAGUCCUUUGAAACUCAGUUGAAAAAAACUGUUAAGUGUUGAGUUAAGUAUUAAAUGUUGGGCUCCAUUAAAGUCCAUUAAAAUUAGAAAAAUCCUGCAAUGUUUUCCUCAAAAAACAUAAUUUUGACUGAACAAAGAAAGACAUCAGCAUUUUGGAUGACAUGGUGCUUUCAAAAAAUGGCAAGUAACAUCUACUCCCCACAAACUAGCCUGCGAACUUCCACAGCCUGUGGUCUCAAGUAUUACAGAGGAGUCGGACCAUGAUAGGGGUGAAUUUUACAUUGAAGGAGUAGAAAUACUGGAAAAAGGCACAAGGGAAGAAGAGGUCACUAUAUUAGAGGCUAGCUAUGCCCCUUUGGACACGUUAUAUGGAAAUGGAAUUCACAGCCCCUUUUGAAAUACGGGAUGCAAGGGGGAGACUUCAUGCCAUCCACAAAUAUCCUGUUAUCCGGGAACAACUACAGGAAAGUGCAAUUUCUCUUUAACUUCAUGCAAAUGGGGAUGGUGGCAGAGUCUACCUUUUUCAAAAUUCAGGAUACCUACUGCAUCGAACCAGUUGCUGAGUUCUGGGAGAAAAUCCGAGCUGAAGUUUUGACCCGUUUGCGUUUAAAGGACAAGGUGGUUGUUCUUGGUGAUGGCAGAAUGGAUUCUCCAGGCCACUGUGCACAGUAUUGCACCUACACAACCAUAGAGCAGGAAUCUAGAGACAUCGUACACACUGUCUCUCUGGAUAAGCGGGAAACAAACAGGAACUCAGUGGUUAUGGAGAAGGAGUGUUUUAUCCGAACAAUGGACGCACUCUUGCCGGAGAUCCAUAUAUCGGAAGUGGUGACUGAUGCCCACCCUCAAAUUACUUCUUUGCUGAAACCAGAUGUAAAAUACAAGCAAUGGGGUCUACAUCAUUCCCUAGAUAUUUGGCACGCAGCAAAAAAUUUGGGGAAGAAGCUGCGACGGGCUGGUGUGAUGAGGGACCAGUCUGAAAUUUUGCCAUGGAUCAGGGACAUUGUAAGCCAUUUCUGGUAUUGUGCUAAACAAGCGUCUUCGGUAGAGGAAUUCAAGCUGAAGUGGCAUGCUGUUAUACACCACGUUCGCAACCAGCACACCUGGGCUACUGGAUCGUGUGAGCAUGAACCACUUGGUGAUGGAACCCAGGACAAAACAUGGAUAGAACAAGGUUCAGCAGCUCACCAAGCAUUAGUAGCCAUCGUCCUGGACAAGCGUUGGUUGAAGAAUGUUAAGAAGUUCAUCAACUUUAGGUAUAUACUAGACCUGCAUAAAAACUAA